AUGGCGGCGACAGGAAAGAUAGAAUGGACGCCAGAAUUAGUUGAAGCCUUGAUUGAAAAUGUUAGUUCAAACAAAGUCGUUUGGGAUACUAGCAACGCAAAUUACAAGAACAAAAAUGUGCAGGAGUCAGCAUGGUUAAAAAUAGCAAGUGAGUGUGGUCUGGAAGGAAAAGCAUCGAGUAUUAAAGCAAAAUGGCGCGAUCUAAAAGACACGUAUAGGAAAAAGUUGAAGUUGUUGAUACCCAAAUCUGGUGAUUCUGGUGGUACAAAGAAAGCUACUUGGCAAUGGAUGAGUCAAAUGAGUUUCAUGAAAAAAUUUAGCAUCGUUGAGACGCCAACAUCUUCUAAUUUCUUGACAAUAAAUGAGGAGGAAAGUCGCCGGAUGGGCUUGCUGUCAAACGACACUGAGGCGGACAUAUCUGACUUGUCCCUAACUUUAGAUGAUCCAAAGCCAGACAGCCCAGCUUGCUCUUCAUCAGCAAGUGCCGUUAGUAAUACUGAAAUCUCUAAAGCACCAAAUUUCUCUGGUAAAAGAAGGAAAAGGGAUGAAUCACUCAACCAAGUAGAUUUGGCGAUUUUAUCUGAACUAAACAAAGAUAAGGAUGAUGAUGAGGAUAGUCUGUUCAUGAAAUGCUUGAUUCCGCAACUAAGAAGACUGGAGCAUAAAAAGAAAGCAUUAAUAAAAUGCCAAAUUCAGCAGCUACUUUUUCAGGCAGAGUUUGAGUCCAGUUUUGAAGAUCAAUGA